CAUUCAAGUUCUAAAGAGAUAUGGGACUAAGUAGUAAAACAAUUCAGAUUAAGAUCAAGUCAAGCUGUGAUGUUUUUCUCGAGUUAUGGAAGGCAAAUCCGCACCAAGUUCCCACUUUGACACCAACUACCAUUCAAAACUGUCAAUCCCAUGAAGGUGAAGUUGGAACCGUUGGCUCCGUUCUCUUCUGGAACUAUUUUCAUGAUGGAAAAGACCGUGUUAUAAAAACACUAACCCAGGAAUUCGAUGAGGCAAAAAAGUCAGUCACCUUCAAGGCACUUGAAGGAGAUCUCCUGGAAUUAUAUAAGACCUUUGUUACGCAUGUUCAUGUAGAUACGGAUGGUUCAAACAACCUUGUCACAUGGACUGUGGAAUAUGAGAAGUUAAGCCCCAAUGUUCCCGAUCCAGAUACGCUUUUGGAAUUUUACAAGAAGGUCACCAAAGAAAUAGAGACCCAUCAUCUCCAUAAUUAAAUAAAUCAAAAUAUGUAUUGCACCAUUAUAGGUGACACUCAAUAAUUGAUUUUUGAUGUGUGGGAUGUUGCGCUACUU